ACCGGAAACGGCACGUAAUGUUUUCGCUGUCUUAUUAGCUCGCGUGACCGGUCGUGUCCUCCAACGCUCGCGAAUUGAGAUCGGGUCAUCUCAGGACAACAAUCACAACAGUCAUGGUUUUCGAGGAGAAGAUGAUAAUGAACGGAGAGCCCGAGGAUGAGGAGGAAGAAGAGGAGGAGGAAGACAUGGUGGAUCCCAUGGAAACGAUGCGACAGAAGUGUGAAGAGAUCGAGCACUGCGUCCACACACGGGAGCGUCUGGAGCAGUGCGAGAACAGAGUUGGCUCUCGGUCCGCGACGGAGGAGGACUGCACUGAGGAGCUGUUUGACUUCCUGCAUGCCCGGGACCACUGUGUGGCACAUAAACUGUUCCAUUCUGUCAAAUGAAAUCCUGCCGGAUUGUUGCACCGCUGGCUGAUGGCAUUCUUCUAAUAUUGUAUCUUGAGGAGAACAUGGUUUUAAAUCCAUCCAUAUGUGGAUCUGCUCUAAGUGUAUACUAUGUUGUAUCUGCUCAUGUGAAAAACAACUAAAUUAUUUAACAAGGUAGUGUAAGUCAACGACCAUUAAAGUGGAUGGCUUCAAAACCUUA